AUGGUAGGCAGCCAGAUGGUGUCUGCAGGCAGGGCUGUUCAGGUAGUCAAGCCCCAUACUCCAUUAAUAAGGUUCCCUGACAGAAGAGACAACCCUAAACUCAAUGUAUCAGAAGCUUUGAGAUCAGCAGGAAUACCAUCCCACUCUUCUGCAAUUUCACAGCAUUCUAUGGGAAGUAAAUCACUAGAUUUGCUGAUGCAUCAGGGUCCUCCAGAUACUGCAGAAAUAAUAAAACCACUACCUCAGAAAUACAAAAGGAAACCUAUGUCUUAA